GAACGCCCGGACAUACUUGAUGAGUACGAGCAGUUUGGUGCUAGUAGAACAUGACACGGACGAUGAUUUUAAAUUUUGAAUUUUUAAAAGGGACGUUCAAUUUGCAAAGCUGCGUUUCGUUGUUUUCAAAUCGACGUCGAACCAAAAACGUGAAUGUCGGAAUUCUCGCCGGUCUUGGUACAAGUCUAUGUUGGACUUCAGGUGUACGUCCGGGUACAAGUCUGGGUUACCCGGCUCGCCGUGCGAACGGUAGGGGACUCGCUGGGAAAAUCUGGGUAUCACUCAUCCACUGGCAGUGAAGUCCGCAUAAACUCGUACCAAUACUUGACCAAUACCCAACCAAGACCGGCCGACAUUUCACGCUUGUGCGAUUGGACGGAAACUGCCGCAUGCUUACUGCAGUCUGAAGAUGCACUCAGGCUUCCUGCAAACUAUCGCAUCGGAUUUCUCGCCUGAAUCUAUGUCAAAACUGUUCGACAUUCCUACUUGCAUUCCUGAUCUUACUGGGUGCAUAGUCAAGUGUGAACAUGCCGAGGCCACUAAUAGCCAUAAGUAUCAUAUCUGCAAGUGCACCUGGGACCGACCGAAUUUUUCUCCAGUCACGGUCGCAGUGAAGGUUACUAGGGUACUGCAACCUAAGAACAUCUUGGAUCUCACCGGAAGAUACGAUGAAUUACUACAAGAAAUAAGAGUAUGGGGCAGACUUCAGAACGAACAUAUUCUGCCUGUCCUCGGAUAUGUAUGUGGACAUGGUCAUUUACCUAGCCUUGUGUUUCCCUGGAUGGAGAAUGGGAACUUAACAAACUUCUUGCGCGAACACGAGUCCUUAGAGCGUGGCGAACGUUUUCGCUUGCUGCAAGACAUUGCCUUGGCACUGCAAUAUUUGCAUGCUAUCGCAGUGGUUCACGGAGAUCUAACAGGUGACAACAUUUUGGUUGAUUCGUAUGGGCGUGCUUUUGUCACGGGCGUCGGGCUUUCCAAGAGGCUCGAUGAGAUCGAGUCCAGAUCGGAGUAUGGUGACUCGAUACGUUCAGCCACUAUUCGCUGGAUAGCUCCCGAGUUGGUUGAUGACGAAGAAGAGACCUUUCCCACUUCCAAAAGUGAUGUAUGGUCUUUUGGCUGCAACAUGAUUCAUAGCCAUCUCAGGUGCUCUCUGGGCAGUUGCCCUGGUGGUCCAUUCGAUCUAACCACAUUCCCCUUCAAUUACUUGCAAAAAAGGUGCCCCCACUACCACCAGUAAUCGAGGAUCACGCCCAAGAUUCAUCCUUCCUUCGAAAAUGUUUCUCUUUUCCGCCAGCAGAUCGCCCUUCCGCAGAUCAGACACUAGCCUUUGUACGUGAAGCAC